AUGUCCCGUUAUACUAUAUACUAUGUCGAAUUAUCGCACCCAGAUAACUCCAUACCAGUGAACCGGUUUGUAACUCCGCUUCAUAUCGUACCUGAAUGGUACUUUUUAGCAUAUUAUGCGGUGUUAAAAGUAAUCCCAUCCAAAACCGGUGGUUUGUUAGUAUUUAUGUCCUCUCUCAUUAACUUAGCUCUUUUAUCUGAAAUUCGAGCUUUGAAUACUCGAAUGUUGAUACGACAACAUUUUAUGACUCGAAAUGUAGUCAGUGGAUGGGUAAUUAUUUGGGUAUACAGUAUGAUCUUCUUGAUUAUUAUUGGUAGUGCUAUUCCACAAGCGACUUAUAUCUUAUAUGGUAGAUUAGCUACUAUCGUAUAUCUUACUACCGGAUUGGUUCUAUGCUUAUACUAA